AUUCUCAAUCUAGUGGCACUCAGCACAUGAGCUGCGUACACGCUGAAGGCUUUAUGAUAUCCAGGGUCACAGAAAGAAGUCAUUAGGGUGGUUUGACGAAGUAACAGCCAGUGACCUGACUGUCUUCCUGGGGAGAGGAUUCGACUGGAGCUAAACAGCUUGAGCAGCUUUAUAAACCUGGUGAAAAAAAUUUUGUUUCAUGAAGUUGAUUUUUUUUUUUUAGAUUAUUUGCUGACAUGGGUAACGGAAUAAACAAGGUCCUGCCUGAUCUUUAUCUAGGGAAUAUUAAAGAUGCACGAGACAAUGAGCUGUUGGCGCAGCACAACAUCACCCACAUCCUGUCCAUCCAUGACACAGCUGCACCCAUCCUGGAGGACAUGACGUACCUGUGUAUAUCUGCAGCAGACCACUCCAAGCAGAACCUGACUCAGUACUUCAGAGACAGCAUCAUGUUCAUCCACGAGUCCCGACUGAAAGGAGAGGGCUGCCUCGUCCACUGUGUUGCAGGAGUGUCCCGCAGCGUGACUCUGGUGGUGGCUUACAUCAUGACGGUGACGGGGCACGGCUGGGUGGACUCUCUGGCGGCGGUGCGGGCGGCUCGGCCGUGUGCUGGACCCAAUCUGGGCUUCCUGCGCCAGCUGGAGGAGUUUGAAAACACAGAGCUGACAGAAUACCGGGCCUGGUGGAAGGACCGAUACGGGAAGACCUCGUUCAGUGAUGAGGAGGAGGUGGAAACCCUUUUAAAGAAGAAACCUAACAGCAGCGGCAGCAGUGCCCUAACGACCAGCAUCACUCCUGCGCUGGGCACGAGGAGCACCUGAAAAAAAAAAAAAAAAUCUCUCCUGUCUGUCUCGUCUUUCCUGAUCUCAAGCAGCCGAGGACUGUGGGCUUCUGCUCGGACUGUUGAACCCACUGAGACCAGAGCAGCUGUUUGAAAAACCCCCCCUCCCUGCUUUCAUCGUUGGUCCUGCGCAGAAAGUUACAGCAGGGACAGCUUCUUGUUAUCGAUAUGAUAUGUCGAAUCUCAUGUCUGCAGAACAGCUAAGAAGUCAUGUGACAGGAGGGGUUUUUUUAUGUCGCUAUCUCAGUCCACCUCGUCAUGACAUGUCCCUGCCUCUAACUGUCAAAACAACAUGCAAGGGCAGUCAAGCACGACACCAAGGAAAUAUGUACAUACAGUCCACAGUGUGAACACACAUUUAGCGGCGUGCACUCCCCGUCAGUUACGUUAUUGCUGUAUCUUCCACUUGAAAUAUGAGUAUGACUUUUCUAGAGACAGUGAGAGAGCUGGGAACACUGUCAUCUUCCAGUAACACCGGAUCAAAGGCACUAUUUGUUCAUUGAAUUGUUUAAUGAAUGUUUAUUUUUGUCUGUGUUGUAUUUUGCAUGUGGGGUUAAUGAUUUCCUCUACUUGUACUUGUACCAUGUGCAUUCACCUUUCAUUCAAUUAAACGUCCAUUAAAAUGAAA